GUGAACGUGUUACAUAUACCAGUUUUAUAGAACAACAAUAAUGGCAGCUAUCGAUCGGAGUAAAUUAGAUAACUUUAUAUCAGUGGCUCUUGGUUUAAAAUUUUGUGUAUCUGGAUUACAAAACUUUAUACUGGAUACUAUGGAAACAACACAUCAAAACAUUUUACAACAAAUACCUGUAGGCUUUUGUAAUAUAAACUGUAGUAGAAAAUACGGAAAUGGUUUCAGUCAGUGGUGCAUCAUCUGUGGAUCAUGGAAAGAUGAACUUAAUAAACUCUGUCGGUAUAAGAAACAAAGGGACAAAAUCAACUGGAAGGAGAUAGAUACCAUAGACUUUCCACACUCGACACCAGAUUCAUAUGAAGCAAUUUCAAAAGUUUUUGUUCGUGAUGUUCACCAGUUCAAACAAGGAAUUUAUCAAGAUCUUGGUGCGAUUAUAUCCUUGUUUAUGAAUAUGAAAACCUUUUCGUUCGAUAACCAAAUAUUGGUUGAUAUUCAACGACACAGAAACGACAGCUUUGCUCAUAAUUAUAGAGUUAGUUUAGACGAAACAGAGAAGAAGCUGUGCUUAAAUAGCUUUAUAAGGAUUUUAAAAGUCCCGAAUAUAUUUUGUAAAGAAAGUGCAAAAGUUGCUGUUAGUCUGUUGGAAGAACUUGUGUUAUCGGAAGGAAUUCCUACCGGUCUCUUACAACAUCAGGACGCACUGGAUACACUGAUAUUAAUAAGAGAUAGUUUUGAGCAACUGUCACCUUAUACUGAUUUACAGAUCGUAGCGUUUUCUUUUGCAAUCGACACAUUCAAAGACAGAAUUAACAAUAUAAUAUUGAAAACAACAAUUAAGCCGAAAAGAGUAACUAAAAACCUUGUUUCACUAAAGACGAGGAAUGUUCUUAAAUGUUUAAGUCUUCCCUUACUUUCAAUUUACAUUAUUAUUUCAUUUAUCUCGCUAAAGAAGAUGGAUUCAUCGAAUGAAGGUUGUUAUAGUAUGCGAUUCUUAGAACACUGGAAAAGUGAUCUGGACUUCGAUUUAUAUGUCGAAACAUUAAAUAACGAAAGUUUCAUAGAAAGACGAUGGCUAAGGGAUAUUGUUGAUAAACAACUACUCGAGGCGAACGGAGUCUUAUUGACAGCAAAUAUGGGAUAUGGGAAGUCCUCCAUAAUAUCUAAUAUUGUGUGUGCCGAUAGGUCAUCGGUGUGCAAAGAUUUACAAACAAGAAAGUAUAAUGAAAUGGAUGCUUAA